UCAUAAAGUCGAGCUCGCCUCGCAGUCGAGAACAACAAUGCCGCGUUUCUCAGCACAAUUAUUCAAGAUGCAUCUGCUGCUAUUGAUGAUGAUCCUGCCUGUUUUUAUGGUGGUGACUGCAGGUAUGCCCCCUUGUGACCCACUAACGCAAUAUGAGAUGGGUGGCGAGUGCUGCAUGAAGUGUGCUCCAGGGACCUACAUGACGUCUCAAGGCACUUGUUCGGAGCCACAGUGUGUAAACUGUGGGGAGAAUGAAUAUCAGGAGACGUACACUAUUGAACCAAAGUGUAAACGUCAGCCAUACUGCGACCCAAAUAAAAACUUUAAGGUUCUUGAUUUUAAAGAGAAGAGCAAGACUGAAAGAUACGAUUGCCAGUGUGCUGAGGGAUUCCACUGCUCUAGGGAAGGUUGUUUAUUCUGUCUGCGGCACAAAACAUGCAAACCAGGAGAGCGGAUUCAAUACAAAGGUAAUCAGACACAUGACAUAGUGUGUCAGAAAUGUCCCGAAGGCACAUUCAUUGAAUCAUCGGACGGUGUCUGUAAGAAAUGGAAAGAAUGUGAGAGUGGAUACCAUAUUGUAACAAACGGGACAGUGUCAUCUGACAACAUCUGUGCUGAAAACUCUCGGGGCCAUCUACUUGUGAUUUGUGUUGUCGUUGCUUUGGUUUUGGUGAUUGCAUCUGCAGUUUUGGUUGUUUGGCUAUGCAGAGGAGCUGCAAAAGAAAAGGUAAAGGACUGCGUGGAGGCGUGUGCAAGAGUCGAAAGGCCGCCACCCAAAGAAGAACCACUAAUAAUGUUCCCAACUGCCGAUCCUACCAGCGACGUGCCCGAGACUACAAUUCUGUUCUCACCAGAAGAUAUCGGAAGCGUGCCGGAGGAGAACGAGCUCCAGCCGAGCCAAACUGAAAACGGCUACACUGAGAACGGAAACGUAGUGAGGCAGGAGAACGGGAAAUCGCAUAUCUUCCCUCGUCAGGAAUCGCAAACACAGACACUGUCACACGAGUCCUCAUCGUUUUGUAGUGACUUGUGAUGCUACCUGUCGGAUAUUGUUACUACAUGUUGCACCUGUACCUAAAAAUGUAGAUAUUUCCCCUUAAAAUUUCAAACAAUGUGAUGUAAUGUAGUGUAUAACAGUAUAGUGUAAUGUAAUACUUUGGGCAUUAGCUUAGUAGCUUUUUGUUUAUUUUUCAGUGUGUGUUUCCAUUGUGUGUGUAUCCAUGGUACUUUUGUUAAUAUUUGCACUAUUUAAAAAGAAAAAAGUGUUAAUCUGUAAUAUUUGUGUA